GUCGAACUGAAUUCAAGGUGCAUCCGCGGCAUCGCAGGGCGCACAAAGUGUCGGUCAAAAUCCAAACUCCAUCCUUCAGCAUUCGAAAUGAGGCAUGCACCAUCAAAUUUUAUGACACUCUCAGCCUUGCGCGCCGGAAAGUCACAAGCAACCAAAGCGCAACAAGACUGUGAUUCCCCAUCCAGCUCCAGCUUUCUCCUGCAGUCUCUACCCCUCCCCUUUCCCCUCUGGAGCUAAAGACGUUUCUUUGGAGAAAGUUACAGCUGACCCGUCCCUCAUCCUCAACAGCAGGUGCCACGCGAUUGUUAUAUUGUUUUGGAAUAGUUUCUGCUGUAAACCGGACGUAGAAGUUACAACAGUUCUAUUAUUGGCCAGGCAUCAUGAGUUCCUCUAAUCAGGAUCAGUACAAGACCCUUUUAAGUGGAGGUAUCGCUGGAAUGUGCUCAAAAACUACUGUGGCUCCACUUGAUCGCAUCAAAAUUCUCUUUCAAGCUCACAACAGCCACUACAAAAACCUCGGUGUUUGGUCUGGCCUCAAUGCCAUUCGUAAAAAUGAAGGAUUUAUGGCCCUGUACAAGGGCAAUGGAGCCCAAAUGGUUCGAAUAUUUCCCUACGCAGCCAUACAGUUUACAGCAUUUGAACAAUACAAGAAGACUUUUAAAUCUUUUUUAGGAACUGACACUGUGUUGGGGGCUUUUGCUGUUAAAUUUGGAGCUGGUGCAUGUGCAGGGACUACAGCAGUCACUGCUACGUAUCCUCUUGACACUGUUCGUGCUAGAUUAGCUUUCCAAGUUAAGGGAGAGCACAAAUACAAAGGCAUUAUUGAUGCAUUCAAAACUAUUUAUAAAAGUGAGGGCGGUUUAUUAGCACUAUAUCGGGGUUUCAUACCCACACUUUGUGGGAUAUUUCCAUACGCUGGGUGCUCAUUUUAUUCUUUUGAAACACUAAAGAAUUUAUGCAUGCUGUAUCUUCCAUCUUAUACAUGCGAAACAUGUGCGGAAAAUACUGGUGGAUUAGUGUUGCUAUUGCCUGCCAAGUUGGUAUGUGGCGGCUUUGCUGGUGCAGUUGCCCAAAUAGUGUCAUAUCCCUUGGAUGUCACCCGAAGACGAAUGCAGCUUGCCAUGAUGGAUCAAGAAACUGCAAAGUUUGCCCAAAGUAUGUGGGGAACCUUGAAAAUGACCUACAAAGAAAAUGGAAUUGUGAGAGGACUCUACCGUGGCAUGAGUACUAACUUCUACAGGGCGGGUCCUAUGUUUGCGGUAUCUUUCUCAACAUUUGAACUUAUGAAACAGUUACUUGGACUAGACACUGGGUCAUCAUAAGAGCUUUUUGGCUUGGGAAUGUGAAAGCAACCAUUUAUGAAAUUAACAAGUCGGCUUAAAUGUUUGAGGAGGGAGAAGAGUAUACUGAGUAUAAUUGAAGUACAAGAUAAUUUUGAAUCUUACCUAGAUGGGAACAGUAAAAUGUAUACUGUUUUGUUAAUCAAAAUAGCGUUUUGUGACUGAUGUUUGUUAUAUACAGUUUUAAAAUUUAAUUUUAUGAAAAGUAAUUUUAAGGCAAUAGCAAAUUGUUAUAUUUUCAGUCAGAGUUUUUUGUUGAGCAUUUGUAUGCAUUUUUUUUCUACCUAUUUAAGCAUUGUCUCUUACCAGUUUAGUUUCCCCAAAGGGUUUCUCACUAGUCAACCCUACUUGUUGAAGGUACGUUUUUCUUCUUUUUGCUCAUAAUUCCAAAGUGAGUCAAAUGAAAACCAGAGGUCUUGUUAAAGUACCCCCCGCAAUCCAAGUUUUACCACUAUUACCAAUAUUCUAUUACUCCCAUGCACUCUUUUCGUCACAUAUAGAAAUCCCAAAUAGCUCAGAGAAGUUAUUACAAAGUCAGAGUAAUGAUACUUGCAAAAUAUCUUAGCUUUGUCAAAACCAGCAUUUAAGCAGCACACAAAUUUAUUUAUAGACGCCUAUGUGUCAUUUUAAGGUACUGCAUAUUGAUUGCAAGACACCUAAAUAUGUGAUGAUUCUGCAAUGAUGUUGUUAUCUAGUUUUUAUUGAGAAAGGACUGACAUAAAUGACCAAAUCAUAAAAUAUAUAUAUUGUUUUUUUUUAAACUAGUGAAAUUAGUGUGAAUUUUAAGUGUACCACAUAUUGUUCUUGUUAGACAUUUAUAAAUCAAGAUGUGGUAUUCAUUCCACAAAUGGAGAUUUUAUGAUGUUAAUUGACCCAAAUCAACAAUGAUUUCAUUGCUUACAGUAAUUUUUAUUUAUUUUCUACCUUCAGUAAUUGUUACCAUGUUCUUGUUUUUAUUUUUAGCUGUUAACGAGGUGGUGGUUAAGUUAAUUGUGUAUUGACAAGUUAUUAGGUAAGUAAUGCCUCAAGCAGCUUGGCUUGCUUGGCAAAGAAUGAGAUGUGAUGAUUUUCUACAAGCUCAUUACAAAUUUGUUGUUGUGGUGUUACCUGUGGUUAUUUAUCACUAUUUUCAGCAAUAAUGCAAUGGUGUGUUGAUUAUAUAUGGAUACACUGAUAAAUAUCUCUUCUGUAGAAAUAUCUUGCCAAUAGUAGCCAACCUACCACCAUGAGACUCAUGAAGUUUUAGUUUAAUGAUAAUAUAAUCGGAAACAGGUUACAGAAAUAAAGUAACCCGCUCUUGUUCACAUUACCAUUCUCCUUCACAAUUUUAUAUGCUCAAAUCAUCACACUGUGCAUUGUAAUCGUCAGAAGUUUGAACUGUGAGAAUGAUUAUAACAAUUUGUAGCAUGUAGCACACUAGAAAAAACCAAAUGAAUUGUAGACCGCACUACCAAAAGAAAUACAUAAGUAUUUGAGUGAAA